AAAUUUUCAGCUGCUGGGUACCUCCUCUUUUGUACAUAAACAGGAGAGAGAGAGCAGCUCAUUAGCAUAUUAAUUAACCUUUUUCGAAUGAAAAGAAACAAAGAAAGUUCUAUUUUCUUCACACAUGCUUCGAAUCUGAGUCACUGUGGAACAGAAAAUAUGAUUAGCGUGACAAGAUACAAUUAUUAUGGCCUCUUGGUCACGGCUUUUGUAAUUUCUUUGUUGUCUUCUUCAGUUUUUGCCCAUGAUGGGAAGACUCGAGAAGUUAGCUACGAUGGAAGGUCUUUGAUCAUUAAUGGAAAACGAGAGCUUCUUUUCUCUGGCUCUAUCCAUUACCCUCGUAGCACCCCUGAUAUGUGGCCGGAACUAAUCACAAAGGCUAAGCAAGGAGGUUUGAAUGUGAUUCAAACUUACGUUUUUUGGAACAUUCAUGAGCCCGUUAAAGGCGAAUAUCAUUUUGAAGGACGAUUUGAUGUGGUGAAAUUCAUGAAGAUAAUUCAAGAGAAAGGAAUGUAUGCAACUCUCAGGCUUGGGCCAUUUAUCCAGGCUGAAUGGAACCAUGGUGGACUCCCCUAUUGGCUCAGAGAGAUUCCAAACAUCAUAUUCCGUUCUUAUAAUGAACCAUUCAUGAAUGAAAUGGUGAAAUUUAUCACGAUGAUUAUUGACAAGAUGAAAGAAGAGAAGUUAUUUUACCCACAAGGAGGACCCAUUGUCUUGGCUCAGAUUGAAAAUGAGUACAACACUGUCCAACUUGCCUAUAGAGAAUUGGGAGAUAAAUAUGUUCAGUGGGCAGGAAACUUUGCUUUGGGUCUGAAUGUAGGAGUACCAUGGGUCAUGUGCAAACAGAAAAAUCCUCCCGGUCCGGUGAUUAACUCUUGCAAUGGAAGGCAUUGUGGAGAUACAUUUGUAGGCCCUGAUAAACCUAACAAGCCUUAUUUGUGGACUGAAAACUGGACUGCUCAAUUUAGAGUAUUUGGAGACCCACCUGCUCAGAGAUCAGCAGAAGAUGCUGCAUUUUCAGUUGCACGUUGGUUCUCAAAAAAUGGAUCUCUGGUCAACUAUUAUAUGUAUCAUGGCGGGACAAACCUAGAUAGGACUGCUGCUUCAUUUGUAACAACUCGCUACUACGAUGAAGCACCUCUUGAUGAAUUUGGUUUGCAGAGGCAACCAAAAUAUGGUCACCUCAAGGACUUGCAUAGGGCUCUAGGACUAUGCAAAAAGGCCCUGUUUUGGGGCAGUCCUGGUGUUGAAAAAUUGGGUAAGGAUCAAGAGGUUCGGUUUUAUGAGCAGCCCGCAGAAAAACUCUGUGCUGCUUUCUUGACAAACAAUGACACUAGAGAAGGAAGUUUUGUUAAGUUUAGGGGAAAGGAAUUUUACCUGCCUCCGCGUUCCAUCAGCGUCCUUCCUGAUUGCAAGACUGUAGUAUUCAAUUCUAUGCAAGUUGUGUCACAGCAUAAUUCAAGGAAUUUUUUAAGAUCAAAUGAAGCAAACAAGAAUCUUAAGUGGGAGAUGACAUCGGAAACAAUCCUAACACAACUUAAAAUGGAUUCCAAGGUCCCUAAGGAGCUGUAUAGCUUGACAAAAGAUACCACUGACUAUGCUUGGUACACCACGGUCAUGAUAUUGAAUCCCCGGGACCUGUCGAUGCGAAAAGAUAUUCUCCCAGUUUUAAGAGUUGCAAGUCUUGGCCAUGCCAUGCUUGCUUUUGUCAAUGGUCAACUUGUAGGAUCCGCACAUGGAAGUCAAAUCGAGAAGAGUUUUGUCCUCCAGAGCCCUGUGGAAUUGAAGCCUGGAGUUAAUACUCUUUCACUUCUGGGCGUUCUAGUUGGACUCCCUGAUAGCGGGGAGCUUACAUGGAGCACAGAAUUUGCUGGGUCCUCAGAGGUGUGGAAAUCCUGGGGUUUGACACUGGACAACUGGAUGUAUCCUCCAACGGAUUGGGUUAAACUGGAACCAGAAACGAGAAAUGGUAUAUCAGAAGGAAAGGGAUUAAAGAAGGUUAACGCUGGAAGAGGUUCCACAGGGAAAAGGGUCGCUACCUCUUACAUGGUACCAAGAGCAGCUCACGCUCAAAAGUGUCCAGUCGGACAGGAAAGAAUAGUAAGCUGUCCGAAAUUCGCCAGUUUUGGUGAUCCUUAUGGUGCUUGUGGUGGGUUUUAUUGCUGGAAAUUGCCUUCUGCUAAUUCAAAACAG